GUAUGACAGUGUUUGACUCGCUACUAGCUACAUACGGUCCCGUGCCAUUUGUCUCUUUGAUUAACGUUAACCUCUGACUCUGAAGUUACAAAUAAUAACAAUCCAUAACUGUCGGUAUGGCUGAAGCGAGCACCACAGUCUCACUCCCUAUCGUGGAUGACUCGGAACAUGCAGCUGCAGAGUCAUCCCUUCCGUCAUUGGCCGUACCAUCACAUGCAAAGCAAAUAGGCGAAGUUUCAUCUCAGAAACCUUCUGGGAAAACUGAGGCUCAGGCUCCAGACGACAGCCCCGUUCCGCUCUCGUUCCCCGCAAUCUUGCGCAACCCAAAGCUUGCGGACCGAUAUGCCCACCUCCGCGAGCGUUCGGGAGCUGCGCCCCCCAAGACCUCGAUUUCUAAAGCGCGCCGGGACGAACAUGAGGGGAAGCGCUGGAUACGGAGGCGGGAAAAUGCUAAAUUUGCGGAUAACCCUCAUAUUGCGCCGCCCUCGCGUGGUGACCAUGCGGUACCGGUCCCCUUGAAGCUCUCCACUUUUCCCAUCCCGUUACCUCCGUAUCUUCCCCGGUCAUCCGUGCUACCGUCUAGUAUUCCUGGCUCUCGAGACCCUGCGAGUGCUUCUGCUGGACUGUUUUCCCUAUCAUUGAAAGGCGCCCGACGAGCAUUAAGAGCCAGACCAGGCGCCCGGAAUAUAGUGGACGCCAUUGAGGGUCAUUUGUGCACCUGGCUUGAGGGAGGGACGUACCCGGGAGAGGAACAGGGUAUGGUUUUUCCAGGGGAGUCGGUGGGAGGGAGGGAAGAUGUACUAGAGGUAAGCAGACGAGCGCUGAGUCUUGUGUGGGUUGUUGGGAAGGAUGGUGCGGAUGGUGCGUUUGAGAGGUAUGUGGUACAUUGUCUGGCUCGGUGGCAUGGGGUUGUUAGCUUCAGUAAAGAGGUCGACGGCCAACGCCUGACAUAUCUACUGCGACCCCAAGUCACGCAAGUCGUGGCCUCAACACUCGACACGCCCCCUGCGACAGACCUUUCCCAAGUUGAUACCGAAUCAGAUUUCGUGUCUGACAUUCACACGUCUGACCUGGAGUCCGACUUUGCAUCCGACAUAGAACAUGAAGCACACGCUGGAGAGCUCUCGGCAAUUUCGGAAGCACCUUCAUCCCCCACGGCAUGGUCUGUGAUCGGUGGAUCAGACUUUGAAUUCGACGAAGGGUUCGCGGCAUCUGUAGAGUCGCUCUCCCUAGAAGUGGAAGCUAAUAAUUUGGAGAGGACCCCACGCGCAACUGAUGUGCAAGGAAACGGCGGUGUAUACGUGCGGAAUACGCGUACCCGAUUCAGUGCGUGGAACGAGCCUCGGAGCGGGUCGUCGCCAUCAAGGUCCCCUGCGAGGAGACCGCUGCCUAUGCGAAGGAUGAAGCAACAAGGGAAGAAAACGGGGAAGAAUGCAAAGGGGACGUUUUAUGAUUAUUUAUUUGCCUGACUUGGCGUUGAGGAUCCUUUUUUCCCUGCCUGUUAACUAGUAAGGAUCUAUAUCGAGCUUGAUUUCAGCUGGAGAUCAUCGGUACCGGUUGACUUUCAUGUAUGUGAAAAGGCUUGCUAUGUAUUUUUAGGAAUAACAGAUUGUCUAAGUAUACCAUGA